AUGAGAGUCCGAAGAAGAUUCCCUUCUAUGGAAUCAUUAGUCACUGAGGGAUUCUUGUAUAGAGAUGAGCUGGAAAAGAUGUAUAAAUGCGAGACAAUGUAUAAUAAGUACUGGUUGCCGACUCAUUGGGCAAACCAGCUGGUUCAUAAGGCAAUGUUUGAAACGAAGAAUGUGGACUCCGUGCAGAGUAUGAACUCGGUGCUGAUGAACAUCAAAGACUUCCGUCAAUCUAUGGAAAUGUUGACAAAAUACGAUUGGGUACCAAUCCCAAUUGCUUAUCCACAGGUCGUCUUCCUGGCAGUCCGUGUCUACUUCAUUAUCUGUCUGAUUUCUCGUCAAUACCUUCUAUCUGCUCCACCAACUGAGGCUCAGUCAAUCGUUCCAAUCAUGACAAUUCUACAAUUCGUGUUUUUCGUCGGGUGGAUGAAGGUCGCCGAAGCUCUCCUCAACCCACUCGGUGAAGAUGACGAUGACUUUGAGUGUAACUGGCUUAUCGACAGAAAUAUGUCAACUGGAAUCGAGAUUGUCGACACGUGUCAUGACUCGUGUCCACCUUUGAAAUUAGAGGAACCGGAUGAUGAGAAAGGAACGAUGUACUGGUGCCAUCCAACAAAAAAUGGGUCUCAAGCUCCACCCACUGCAGUUGCAAUCUCUCAACACAAGAAUCCAUUCGCGAAAGUGUUGAAUAUGGUACACCCGACGACGCCUGAAUCGUCACCUCCUUCUUAUCGUUUGGAUGUUCCGAAACAAUAA